AUGAAAAGCAUCCUAAUGCGAAGAUCAAAGAGUCAACUGAGACCGAAGGAAUGCCAUCUCGGAAUGCAUCUCGCAAGCGUUGUCAUCAUCUUGUCUACAAUCUGCUCUGCCAGUGUAAUCAAUGACAAUGAGUUAAACAUCUUGUCGAGUGAGCUGUCUGAUGAAGAAUGUCGGAAUCUGUUGUCCGUUCUUUACGAGCGUCGGCAGUCACUGCCAGCGAGUAGUCGUCUCCAGCGCACCCGGAACAUCACGGGGCGAUGUGUGCUGGACCUGGAGCGAUGGUUAGACAGCGAGGCCGAGGAGAUUCUAGCGCUCACCGAGCUGGAUGAAGCCCUCCGUGGCAUCGGCAAACCAGCACUCGGUCACCAGAUCGCAAACGAAGUUUUCGCAGAGAAGACACACAGCCUCCGGAAUCUGUUUGGCCGAGACGGGCGUCUGGCCUCCAAAGACAUUUUCCAAGAACGCCAUCAUUAACAGGAGCUUCCCCAGAAUGCAUCAGACAAUGCAUCGUUUGUUGUGAGGAUG